AUGAACUCAGAGAUGCAGUGUGAGGCCCACGGGUCCAGACAGCAUGGGAGCCCAAAAAAUGAGCCAUGCAUUGAUAUUGAAAGUGAUGUUACUGUGGGAACUGCCCUGUGGAGACAAGGACAUUCCUCAUCCUCUGCUCCUGCUCACAGUGACACUGAUAUGGUAAAGCCCCCAUCCUGGCCUGACCCUGCCAUGGGCACUAGGCUCCUCUGCUGCGUGGUACUGGGUUUCCUAGGGACAGAUCACACAGGUGCUGGAGUCUCCCAGUCCCCAAGGUACAAAGUCACAAAGAGGGGACAGGAUGUAGCUCUCAGGUGUGAUCCAAUUUCGGGUCAUGUAUCCCUUUUUUGGUACCAACAGGCCCUGGGGCAGGGGCCAGAGCUUCUGACUUAUUUCCAGAAUGAAGUUCAACUACACAAAUCAGGGCUGCCCAGUGAUCGCUUCUUUGCAGAAAGACCUGAGGGAUCCGUCUGCACUCUGAAGAUCCAGCGCACACAGCAGGAGGACUCGGCCAUGUAUCUCUGUGCCAGCAGCUUAGCCACAACGUGGCACAGUUGCCUCCUUCUUGUUCACAAACCUCAUCCUUCUCUCUCCUUGCAGCUCCUAGAGACCCUUAACAGAUGGCUCUCUUUGCUCCUCACUUUUCAUGGGAAAGAAUUACAUUUGGACUUCAGCUGUUCUUUUGGUAGAAAGAGACCACAGAUUCAUUCCUGA